GCGCGUGCGCCCCCCCACCCCCCUCGCCUCUCCCCACCCCGCUCCUACCACCACCACUAGGUCGAGUCGAAGAGGAGGAGGAGGAAGAGGAGGAGGAGGAGGAGGGAUGAGGCGCGCGGCGGAGGGGAAAUGGCUGCCGAAAACAAGCCGGAAGGACUGAAGAAGAUUAGAAAUCCAGAGCGAAUGGUCAGGAUUGCAGUUGGUUACACGGGACACACCCCUCCCAAGAGUGAUGACACCGACGCCAACAGUGAGCCCGGCCAGUUGAAAAUCUACCUUCCUAAGAAGCUACUUGAGUGUCUGCCGAAAUGUUCCUCUCUGCCCAAAGAGCGCCAUCGUUGGAACACUAACGAGGAGAUUGCUGCGUAUCUCAUCACUUUCGAGAAACAUGAUGAGUGGCUGACGACAUCGCCAAAGACCAGGCCUCAAAAUGGCUCCAUGAUCCUUUACAACCGCAAGAAGGUCAAGUACAGGAAAGAUGGCUACUGCUGGAAGAAAAGGAAAGAUGGGAAGACCACCCGGGAGGAUCACAUGAAGCUCAAAGUGCAGGGUGUGGAGUGUCUGUAUGGCUGCUACGUCCACUCCUCCAUCAUCCCCACCUUCCACCGUAGAUGCUAUUGGCUGCUGCAGAACCCGGACAUCGUGCUGGUGCACUAUCUGAACGUUCCGGCGGUGGACGAUAGCGGGAAGCCAUGCGGCCCCGUUCUCUGCUCUAUCAACACGGACAGGAAGGAGUGGGCCAAGUGGAGCAAGGAGGAGCUCAUCGGACAACUCAAACCGAUGUGUGCGGGAAGCAGCCUACACCAGAAAUGCUCCAGUGUCAAGCAGCGCAUCAUCUCAUCCAAGCAGGAGUCAGGGGCAGCAGCAGGGGGUGGCGCGACAGCGGGUGGCGGCGUUACAGCAGGCCAGAGAUCUGAGGAAGCAGAUGGCACAGAGGUCCAGAACAGCGAUGUUUCAGAGGGUCAGACAGAGCCCAGUCCAGGGGGGCGCAGGAGCAGGGCAGGCGGGGGUGACAGGAGGAACGGACGAAUGCCAAAGCCCUCCCUUCUCCCGCAGAGCAGCAUGGAAGUGUCCUCCUCCACCUCCACCAACCAGGUGGAAGUCCCUGACACUACCCAGAGUUCCCCGCUCUCAAUCACCAGUGACAUGGCGGACAGCCCUGCGCUCGCCAUCAGUGCCGGCCUGUCGCAGAGCACUGCCGUGUUCAUGUCCGAAGUCACCACGCUAACCGGGGAUUCGGUUUAUUCAGCUGGCCACACCCACCUUCUGCCGUCCACCCACGAGAGCGCCGCCACCGGCAUCCUGUUGGCCGUCGCCCCCGAAAACCAGAGGUUUGCCUCCUUUCCCGGAGGCGUGGGCUUAGGAGAGGGAGGGGAGUUGGUUCUUUCCAGUUCGCUUGACACGGGCGGAGGAGUCAGCCUUCCGGAGGCUGCCAUGACCUUUGACCCUGACUGCUUCCUUAAUAACCCCAAGCAGGGUCAGACCUACGGAGGAGGUGGAGGAAAGACUGAGGGGUGUAACGGUAACGAUGGGGGGAUCCACUGUUCAUCUAACGGCUUCGUGUACAACCCGUCCCUCGUCAACAACAUCAAGAAGGAAGCGACGCCUAUGGAGCAGCCGCUGGCCCCGCAGAGUAGUUAUGUCGGAGAGGGGGCGGGCCUCAGCCCCAGCACCACUCUGGAGCAGAUGGACUUUAGUGCUGUCAUGUCAUCACCGUGCGUCCCGGGUCUCACCCAGUCCGCGCACCACCCUUCGCCAAAUCUCUUCCUCCAGACCUCCACGCACACCAACCCGCCCUCCCAGCAGCAGACCAACGGCACUGAGGCGGCACAGGAAUCCGAUGACGCCAGAGCUUACAUCAGCCUGCCGGCGGAUCACCCGAUCACCAACGGAGACCACCAUGCACACCUCCACCAAACCAGUCAAGAUCAAAUCAUGUGUGGGAGGAACGGAAAAGGAACAUCAGUGGCCUCUUUCCCCCUAACGGGCCAGGACGCUAAUGUUGAGCAGCCCGGCGGCGGGGUUCGCCACGAGGUCGGUGGCAAAGUUCUUGAGAAUGGCGCAGAGUUGCUGCUCAAGCCUGGCGCUGCUCACGAGGCUUACGCCAGUGUGGACGCUGAGCACUACCUUCACCCUACGGAUGGCAAUGGAGUUGGGGACGAAGCGGGAGGGGGUUGUGGACCUGCAGGAGGAGGAGAAAAUGAAAUUCUAUGUAACGGAGUAAGCUUGUCCGGGGUCGGCGGCUCGGUCGUGGCCAGUCCUCAGUCGAUAGGCGCUGCCGGUGCGAGCAUGGAGAGGGCACUCUACAAUUCCUCUCUUCCUCCACAAGGUGGAGGCGUAACUGCCACGGCGGCUGCAGCAGGAGCAGCCAUCAGCCUGGAGGGCUUUGAGGCUUCGUUUGGAAGCCAGUUCUCUGAUCUAAUCAAUGAUUUCAUCUCGGUCGAAGGGUCUGCGGGCGGGGUAGGGGCUGCCGUCAACGGGGUGCUGAUGCCUCAGGAGGGCGCGGUGGGAGAGGAGCAGGGCACUGGGGAAGGCCACCUACAGGGCUCGGAAGUGGAGCAGGGAGCUCUGGGAAUGCUCCAAGAGACCGGGAGGCUGUUUGCUGUGACAGACUACUCCCCAGAGUGGUCUUAUCCAGAGGGUGGCGUGAAGGUCCUUAUCACGGGGCCGUGGUUGGAGUCAAGCAGUGAGUACAGCUGUCUGUUUGACCACAUCAGCGUCCCCGCGGCCCUCAUCCAGCCUGGCGUGCUGCGCUGCUACUGUCCAGCCCAUGACACAGGACUCGUCAUGCUGCAGGUAGCAAUGGGUGGCGAGGUCAUCUCUUCUUCUGUGGUUUUUGAAUACAAGGCACGCGACCUUCCUGCCCUCCCAUCCUCUCAACACGACUGGCUGUCUUUGGACGAUACCCAGUUCAGGAUGUCCAUCUUGGAGCGUCUGGAGCAGAUGGAACAGAGGAUGGCGGAUAUAACCAAUCAAAACCCUGGCUCUGAAACUAUGGCAACCAAGAGUGGAGGUGUAGAGGGAGGGGGAGCCGCCGAACAGCAAUCUCAAACGUCCCCUGACCACAGCUCAUUUGAGGGUCGUGUUGUAGUCGUGUGCGAGAAGAUGAUGUCCCAGCCCUGUUGGGCUUCCUCCAAUCAGCUCGUCCACAGCAAGAACUCGAGAGGAAUGACCUUAUUGCAUCUGGCUGCAGCUCAAGGCUAUGCCGGGCUCAUUCAGACUCUCAUCCGCUGGCGCACCAAGCACGCUGACAGUAUUGACCUCGAGCUGGAGGUGGAUCCUCUUAAUGUCGACCAUUUCUCCUGCACACCACUGAUGUGGGCAUGCGCUCUGGGUCAUACUGACGCAGCACUGGUGCUUUACCAGUGGGACCCAAGAGCUUUGGCAAUUCCCGAUUCUCUGGGACGCUUGCCGCUCAAUAUCGCCAGAUCUCGGGGCCACACGCGACUGGCUGAGCUCUUGGAGCAGCUACAACAAAGUCCUCAAGCUCAAAGUCAGCCUGCUGAUACGUGGAUGGACAGGUGGAGAGGAGGCGCCGAGAUCAGCAGAAUACACAACAGUCACUCCUCAAAUGGAAACUCAGAACUGAGGCGAGCCCGCACCGAGAGCCAGCCCAGCAACCAGACCUGGAACCAAACAGGACACAGAGCUUCACAGACAACCCAGGGAGAGCAAGGGGGUCCACCCCCAGCGAAAAGACUCAAGCCCACCCAGCAACAGCUCGCUAACUCAACCUCCAGCAACCUCAACUCCCUCCCCAACCACCACAGCCCGAACACUCACGCUUCCCCUCUUCCAAGUCCUCAACAAAGCCAACAUCCCAACCUCAGCAAUCGGAGCGCACCUCCCGCCAGCUUCAGUCCUGACUGUCUUCAGCUCGCCAGCCCCUCCUUCUCCCACCUGCAGGCCAGGAUAGGGGCGUCUGGAGGCGGGGCCAGGUGGAGUCUGAGACAGACUCUGGGGCAGCGUAGUCUAGCCAGGAGGAUUCUCGGCAAGGAGCGACUAGCUGUUCACCUGCGCCAGAGAGUCCUGUCAGAUAGGGGAGAGGGGACGGAGCUGCUGACCUAUCAGGAUAACACAGAGGACUUGCAGAUGGACAUUUCAAUGCUCACUGAUCACAUCAUGGAGACAUCCGCUGCUCGACUCAAACAGGAGGAUAUGGAGACUGAGACAGACUCCGGAAGGGUGGGCCUCGGCGGCGAUGUCAGACUACUGUCCGGUUAUCUUGCUGAGGUGGAAAGGUUCCUUAAUGCCAAGCCCCAGACUCCUGGCCCGAAAGCAAACUCUCACUCAGGGCCUGAGGCUAUGAAAGCCGAACGCUUGAAAACGGACUCCUCCUUUCUUGCCAUGACAGAAGCGGAGCAGAGAGAGCUGUGUGACACCAUCAGGAAUGCUCUGCACUCUCUUCGAAAACACAAGGGUCCUAUUCAGGAACAACGCAAAGAGAUUGCAGCAGUGAUUCAACGCUGUUAUAAGAGAUACAAGCAGUAUGCACUUUAUAAGAGGAUGACCCUGGCAGCCAUCCUGAUCCAGAGUCGUUUCCGGAGUUUCCAUGAGCAGAGGAAGUUCCAGCAGAGUCGCAGAGCAGCAGUCCUCAUACAGCAAUACUAUCGCUCCUACAGACACUCCCUCAGCAACCUUCUGACAAAGAAACAGAACCAGGCUGCACGCAAGAUCCUGAGGUUUCUGCUCCGAUGCCGCCACAGCCCUUUGAUGGACCAUAGGCCCCUGAAGCGGGGUCAGAGAGCAGAAAAAGGCCAGGGGUCCUGAGAUCCCACCGCCAGGCCCCACCCACAGCCCACUAAGCCUGUGAGCAACCCCCCCCCCACACACAUUCCCCUUCUUUUUCUCUUUCCUCUCCAAUCUAUAUUCCUCCCUGCCUCCCUCUCCUCCCCCAUCCAUUCUCUCCCCCCCUCCCCUUUUUCGCUCGCCCUCUAUCCUGUCCUCUCGAGAGGAAGACGCUUCCCAUAGAGACGGAGGAUAGGCUAGGUGUCCAUCAUGGCAGCUCAGACAGACAGACUACCAGGGCGAGCCCAGGGAUCUGGCUCCGUCCGCAGCACUGAUCCUCCUCCGCAGUUCCACUGGGAGGCCAUCGCAUUAACCUCAUGGCAUUCUUUGCACUCUUCAUGGGUAUGUUUCCAAGCGGGAGGAAGCGGAUGGCUGCCGGCGUCGGCGCGGCGCCGCCCAGUUGUGGUGAAAAGCUUCAGCUCCCUCACUCGCCAAAGGCAACUCGGACUUGCCGAACUCAUGCAAAACCCGUUGCGUUUUGUACCCAAACACUGAUCCAUGAAAGGAUAAGAAAACAUAAACCAAAAAAAACUCACGUCUAUGUCGCAUAUGCAUGCAAGUUACUUCUUGGUUCUUUUUUUGCUUAUUCCUCCUCUCCAUCAUGCCCAAGAGCUCUCGAGACAAACCAUCCUGUUAAUCAUCAUAAUGUCACCAACCAGUCUGACUCUUCUUACAUUACUUACAAACCUACCAAUCAGUCACCUGAUCAAAAAGGGGAGGAACCACUUGAAUGUAAGAGGAGCAUUGUUUCCGAGAGGGUGGGAGUCUGAAUUAACGAUGUCUUAAUUUGUUACAUGGACUUUGUAUGGAGUUUGUUCUCAGAGGCGACACUUUGCUCGCCCGCGUGGUGUCCGUGUUCGUUCAAUUCAAUGCAUGUGUUUGAGCCGUGAGCUCCUGCAUGCUUGCCAAACUGCUUUCGUGUUGUUUCUUUUGUAUUUCUAUGUGGAGUUGUGUCUCACUGUUCUCAUCGACUUAUCCUUGCCCUGCGUAAUGUGAACUGUGUUAAGGACAAAUGACAAUAUUUGGGGUGCUUUUUUUAAAAAAAAAACAAAAAAAAAACAGCAACAACAACAAAGUUGUUUGUUUUUUUUGGUUUAUUUUUGGGGUCUAAUUAUUUAUUUGAGAAGUGGUUAAGCUUGAGACUGGUUUCCCCCCCCCUGCCCCCCCCCCCCCUUGUGUGCUAAAAUAUGACAUGUUGCGGUGAUUAAAUGUCUCUGUUAGUUCUUUGCGUGAACCUCUAAAUCCUAGCUGUGGUUUUGAGGAAAGAGUAACAUACAGUAACAUUGCCUUGACUUCUUCCUGACUCUGAGAGGUCUCUAUGCUUGCUCUGUACAGGACACGGGUCCAGUACCUUCCCCGAUACGGGGCAUUGAUCCCCAUAUUAGCCCAUACGGGCAAUCAAAUCCUUAUUUUGGACUAUUGCAUAUUCCUGUAUAUAAACUGACGAGGUAAGGGGAUACGAGGACCCUGAAACUUUUUCAUAAGAGGACUGUAUUUAAGAUUAUAAAUUAUUUUACUCCCAUAAUGAGAACUUAACAUAAAGACCUGGCUACACAGGAUGGCUGUAUUGCUUGUACAUAAUGUAGAUAUUACAAACUGAGUAAUGUGCAUGAUAUUUAAGACGCAGAAACAACAAAAAGAACAUGUUAGUGGCGGCUAUGGACUGUGAGAGGAUUUUAACGACUUCACUUUAAGAGUAUCCAGUAUAAGUGUUACUGAAAAGAACAUUUUGUUCAAGCAUGCAAAUGAAAAAUCUAACGUUAGAAUUAAAUAAGUGGGAAAAACAAAGUUAGCUGAAACAAUGAUCUUUCAGACAAAAACAUUUACACGUUGUGCUUUUGUUCCUUGGCUCGCAAGAAUCCAACACUUUUUGCCAGUAGUGCCAAUUAUUAUGAAUGCUAUUUUGCCUAAUACAUUUUGUUGGGAGAAAAGAAAAAAAAUACCAACACCCAAAAGAUAUCAGUAAGAUGCACAGAGGCAACACACACAGACUAUAAACAGUAGACAAGAUAGUAAAUAGCUCAACAGUAGUUUGACUAGAGGAUGACAUUGAAGAUGCAAUUGUUAAAAUAACGGUGAUGAAGACGCUGACAAAGAUCGUUUUUAAUGUGAAUGCAUUGACCCAAAAAAGACAAGAAGAGGGUGCUACGUUCUUUACAAUGUGGUUGUGCUUCAGCAACAUACUACUUUUCGUUCAACCAUUCUCACCAUUCAGUCAAACAGAAUGUCUCCGUCCCACUCCUUACAUAUCAUUUCAAACCUUCUCUCCGUUCUCACUGCCAUGAUGUAACACGUGCUUAAGCGCUCUGGAAAGCUCUGUUUAGGAAGUGCCUGAUCAAUAACAGAAAAUUGCAAGUUCAUAUCAGGAAAAAUAGCUAUUGUGUGUUCUCCGAAUGGCUGCCAGUUUACCUUUUUAUUUCUCCUAAAUGGUGUGUUAAAAAAUGACAGUGUUGGACUUGAUUCGAGUUAUGUGCGCUAAUUUGUCAGAGGCUAGACUGAAUGCUCAUGAUCAUUUUUGCCCGCUUGUGUGUGUGCAAUGUUCAGUAUUAGAACGGUCAAAUCUCUCAAUUCUCAGUCACGAGUCAAUCGAAUGCCUUGGAGUCAGAGCCUGUGUUUUCCUGCACGGGUUCGCAUGGAAACGUUCUCGUAGCAUUAAGCAGAAAAUAAGAACACAGCCGUUUUCCAGACAACAUGUCUUGUACAUUCUCUCUCGCUUUCUCCAUUCACCCCAUGUCUCUCUCUCUCUCACACACACACACACACACACAGACACACACGUACACACACUCAAGUGCACACGGUCAGAAACACCAGAAGGCCACAGUCUUUCUCUCUGUGCUUAUGUCUUUGGGAACGGUUCAAUCUCUCCCUUAGAUUUUACUCAGGGUUGAAGAACAGGGAGAUAAAAUGUGGAGUGUCACUAACUCAUCGCUAACACUUUGUGUAUGCACGUGUAUUCCGUACGUUAGGGAUACUCCGGUUUGUUUAUCUAUCGAGUUGAGUCAGCUCAUUUUCUAUCGUGGUUCUUAACUGGCCCUCUCUCAUGCAUAUAGUCUCAUUUUGUGAGGCAGUGAAUGUGAUUUAUUGAAACUGUAACGUGUGUCAUUUUUUUUCUACGAGAAAAGGGAAAUAAGGAUUGAGUGAUUUCUAAUGGUCAUAAACGCACAAGAUUAAUACAAAGAAUUCAAAAUACAGUACUGUAAGUUUCAGUCACGUGCUACCUUAAUUCAAACACAAGUCUAGUGCUAAAUAUUUGGAAGAUCUCAAAAUUGCGCCCUCAGUAUCUUUCUCAAUUAAACACUCCUCCCACAUCAUCACAACUUCUUUUUAGAUUCUCAAAACACACACACACACCGCAAUAUCCUCACGCACAGAACGGCUAACACGGAGAUCACUAUACUUUUGUUUAUGGAGAGAGUGUUGGCUGGAAGAAGAACAAAAGAGAUUAUGUCAAAAAAAAAAAAACUUGUCAAUGAAAAAAAGUUAAGGUAUGAAUGAGACAGUUGAUGGCAGACGUGCGGAGAUGUCCUCUGUUUCCCAAUGGUGCGCCUGGAAAAUGAAUGGUACCUGUAUAACCUUUUAUGCCUUGUCUCUGAGGCAGAGUGCCCAAACACCACAUUGCAUGCUCGAAUGGUAGACCCUCAUAGAUAAGCUAAGGUUUAGACCUCUCCACUCCCCUGUCUUCCCUCUGUCUCAUCUCCUGCUCUAUUCCAACCUUGCCUGCUGUUGUGUUCUCCAUGCCUAUCAUUCCUCUUCUUUUGUAGCCUACUUUGACUUCCUAUGUUCUACUUUUUGGGUUUGCAUGCACAAGCAUCACAAAAACUGUUGAUGUUUUUAAGAGAAUAUUUUGUUGCUGAGGCCAUGCAAAGUGUUUUGAAUAUUGCCCUUAUAUGUGGAAAAUGUCCUCUGAAUGCUUUACAUAAUUUCUGCUGUAAAAUGAAAUCAGAAUAAAAAAGAAAAUUUGCACUUUAA